AUGGGGCUCAGUCGUCGUGCAAAAGCAGCCGAGUCCGACCCCGCCAUUGCGUCUGCCUCCUCGUCGUCGUCGUCGUCCACGUCGUCGCCAUCAUCCAUCUCACUGUCGUCAUUGUCAACGUCCAGGUUCUUGGCCUUUUUCCACAAAAAGCACGACGCCCAAGCCCCUCGUAACAAGCCCCGUUGCGUCCGCACUGUCAAGACGCACAAGUCCAAGCACGAGCGGAUCAAGCACUUGAGCCGGCGCCGGAGCUUUAGCAGUGGUGAAGAAGAGGCUGGCGAUCGUUCCCACCGAUCGGCCGAUGCGGAGCUGAGCCCCUCGCCCCAAAGUCCCACGACGCCCUAUGACGAACUCCAUAGUCGAGUCGCACGGGACGGCUCGACGUCGUGUCUCGGCGUCUUUCCACAGCGCUCGCGUCGCUCGUCGUCGCUGCAGUGUUUCAACCGCUCGUCGUUGCAGUCGUCGUCGUCGUCGUCGCCAAUGGGUUCACAGCAGAGAGACUGCAGACUGCAAUGUGGCCAGGAAGAUCGCUCGCGACGGUCCUCGUCGUCAUUGGCCUCGAGCUGUAUGUCGCAAGAGACGUGGCGCGAGAGCUCCGUAAGCGAGUUCUUUUCGAGCUUUCCACGAGAUCUGACCGCCGAUGUGCGGGUCACGUGUAUGGUCGUGAACGCCCGUCGAUCCAGGAGCUACGUCCGGAGUCUCAUUGUAUCGCUGGAAUUCGAGAUCCGAGCGACCAAGUGGGCCGCCUUCUUUCUCCAGAUUGUGCAUACUGCACGUAUGGAAAAGCGCCUGUCGGUGCGAUCGACGAUCUCGAUCAAGUGGGCCAUUUGUGCCCAUGUACAGGGUCAAGAUCAAGCACGCCUGGAGCAGCAAAAGCGAUCGGACUUGUCGUUGCAGCGGAAAAUGACCGAGUAUCGUGUUGCCCUGCAGUGCGUUGCCGGCACGCCCGUUGUCAAGUUUGGCCGGAAAGGCAAGCCUCAUGCCACGUCGCUGUGUAUCGAGAACGGAGAUACACUGCGCUGGACGUCCAAGUUGUUAGCACAUGCCACGCAUCUUGCUGCGGACGGUGUAGCAGCAACAACGACAAUGGGCAAGAAGCGAGUGAAGGCCAAGAACGUUGUUCCGCUGGCAAGUAUUGUUCGAGUGACGUCUGGUCCAACCACAAGCGUGCUAGCUCGAGCACUGCACAAAGGCACACUGGUGUUGGCCGAUGCAGGCUGCACAUUGUCGGUGGUAACGCACACGCGUACAGUAGACCUCAAGGCCAAGACAGCUGAAGAACGCGAGUGGUUGCAGCGCAGUCUCGAGUUCCUAGUGGAUCUUGCACGGGACCACGAGCGGCGAGUAGCUCAGCAAGUGGAGCUGACGAUUAUGAAGCGGAUGAAAACGCUCGCGGUGUGGAAACAUGGCCGCAAAGGUCGACCGCACAAGACGCGUGUGUCGAUUGAUCGGUUUGGUGAAGUCUCGUGGCUCGGCCGUAGCGGAGACUCCAUUCAACUUGACGAGAUCAUCUCCGUGGACGAAGGUCACCGUACGCCUGUGUUUGCGAGAGCUCAAGCAGCAGGAUUAGUGUCGUCUGCUAAGGCAGCACACUGUUUCUCGCUCGUGACAGGUUUGCGCUCGUUGGAUAUUGAAGCAAUGAACGAGCAACAUCGGGAUUGGUUUGUCGUAGCGUUUCGGUACCUGCUGGACAAAGUGCACGAGAAAACUGCCGCGAUGCAACGCGAGCGAGCGGAACGACAGCUGCGUAUGCUGCAGGAUCUCUGUCGCGAGGAUGGUGGAGAGGAUAGUUUCGCCGGUGAUGCUGGUGACGAUAUGUACUACGAGGACUGCUCGUCGGCACGGCAACGAUAG